UCUAGAAAAAAAUGGCGAUUGACACUGACAUAAGUCAACCGUGCUGCCCACGUGACUAAACCUUCUUCAGUGUCAUUACUGUCAUUCAGUGUAGUGUAUAUCUAUGUUUUGUCUGUGUCUUUAAACAUUAAAGCUUGAGGAUGAAAGAGAUUAUAUUGUUGUUCAAGUAGUUGUGAAGUGUUAUGCCAUUUGCAUGUACGUUCUAAAUAUUCUCGCUGUAAUUUUGUACAAACACUAAUAAAACUGCUGUGAGUAUCUCAUUGAAAAUCGGAUGCAGAAUAACCUCAACACGUUGAAAGCCGCCGUUGAUGAUACCUCAUGGUCGCAAGAUAUCACAGCGGACGUGAAACAAACAAUGAUUGUAUGAAGCUGGAAGUUUCCAAUUAAAAAAACAUAUAUAGAGUACAACGUUUGUCUCGAAAGACGCUGUUGAACAUUCAUCCCAAGAUGUCCCAAGCGGGGGACGUGGAUGUGAAAGAAGAUAUCAGUAUAUCUGAUAACGAAGUUGGCAUUAGACCUGUUAUUAACGAGGAGGUCGAUAUCGUAAAAAACAUAGAAAGCUUCGAUUACAACUGUUGCUGCUAUUGUACUGAUGAGUUUCCCUCAGCUGAAAUCAGAGACAAGCAUGAAUUCCACUGUCCCAUGGGCCCCCAGUUGACUGUGCGCCUGCUGAUUGCAAACCUCAAUGAAUCCCAAUCACGAGCGCGCUCAUAGUGGAGUAGUAUAAGAAGUGGGGAUAACGCGUGGUGAGCUGUUUCACCAAGCCAGUACAGCUAUGAGUGAGCAACGGGUUCCACCGUCCGUUGCGCAACGAGUUAUAAUGAAGCUUUUGAAGAAGGGGGGCGUUAAACCGUGCGAGAUUUUGGUCCGAUUGAAGGCUCAGUAUGGGGAUGAUACCCUAUCUAAAACUCAGGUAUUCGAUUUUGCCAAACAGUUUGACGAUAACAUGUAGAAAAUGUGAGUCAUAAUCGACGUCCAAGAUCAAGUGUCUCUGGUGACAACAUUGGUGCUGUUCGUGACCUUAUUGGAAAUGGCAGGCGGCUCUCUAUUCGUGAAGUCGCUUUGGAAGUGAUAAAUAAUCAUCAGAAGGCAUUUUGGCUCCAACAAAAUCGAAGUUGUUGAACGAAGAU